AUGCUUGAGCAAAAUGUUCUACCAUUUAAAUUACGCUUUAAACAAGAACCAAUAAAGCAAUUGAUUCAAAUGUCAUUAGAUAAAUGUCAAUUAUUAUAUAAAAACAACCAAGAUUUUCUUUCUUUAUCUGCAGUUGAUCGUUCUAUUUUACUACAUGAUACGUUUAACUAUACUGCAGGUGUGUCUGCAAGUUUGAUUAUCUAUAAAAUUCAAUUAAUGGAUUAUCCUAUUUAUUAUGAUGUUAUUGAAAUGCUUACUCAUCCAAGUGUAAUAUCUGUUGCUAAGCGUUUAGCAGAUCGGUUUGAUUUUGAUGGGAUCAUUGUGAAACUAUUUCUUGCUAUUCUUUCAUUUUCAACAACUCACUAUACAGUCUAUUCAAAUAAUCCUCCAAUAAACUUAUCAAAUAUCAAAGAAAUCUUACGUAUUCAAGAUACAUAUAUUGAAUUAGCAUGGCAGUAUUUACUUUAUAAAUAUGAUUUAAAACAGGCUGUUACAUGUUUAUCUAAUUUUAUCAAAUGUCUCUUUGCUAUUCAUGAAGCUGUAAUUAAAACACAUGAUAUUCAAUGGCUUACAGAUACAAUCUCAUCGAUUGUUAUCCAAAUUGAACAAACUCUUACUCUUAAUUAA